AUGUUCAAGAAAAGAGUCGUCAAGGAUCCCACUAGCAGCUUCAAGAGAAAAACCACGGAGCUUGGAAAUGAUGAUCCAGAAGGCACGUUCACUCCGGAGGAACGAAAAUCGAUAAAACGGUCAAAGUUGACCAAUGCUACUGCAUCCACACCACCAAGAAAGAUUUUACCGACGUCCACAUCUUCUUCGUCAUCACUGCUACUACCGAAAGCUGAAAAUGACAAUGAAGAGUUGCCCCCAGUGGCCACUGUAGCAAAGACGUCAUCGAUAAAGCCGGUUCCUGAAAGUAUCAACAUCACAACAAUUAUGGAUUUUCAACCUGAUGUGUGUAAAGAUUUCCAACAGACGGGUUAUUGUGGAUACGGUGAUACUUGCAAAUUCCUUCACAUUAGAGAUGAAUCAAAACAGAAGAAACCAAUCAAGAAAGAAUGGGAAGACGUAGUCGCAAACAACGAAAACAAUAAGAAGAGCAUCAAGAUCAACAACUCCCUAACUUCAACCAUACCGUUCAAGUGUAUACUUUGCAAGAAAGAUUACCAGAAACCAAUCAAGACUCAAUGUGGUCAUUUAUUCUGUCAAGCUUGCUUUUUGAAUCGGUUUAAAGUGCAAAAGAUAUCCAGUUGUGCUAUAUGUAAUAAAGAUGUUGAAGGAGUUAUGAUUCCGGUGUCGAAAAAGGAGUUGAAUGAGUUGAUUGGAUGA